AACAAAUGUCAUUCGAAUGUAAACAUUGAGAGCAUCGAGUCGUGCUAUCGCACUCGCAAGCCAAAAAAGCGAAACAACAACAACAACAAAGGAGAGACACAAGCAAACAAAUUUCCAAGAAUUUUGAAAAUUUAAGUGCCCAUUAAAGACAAGAAAUCUGUGAAAAGUCCAAUGAAAACUUAAUAAAAUGAAUAGUGUAUUACGUCCAGUAUCUAAUUCCAGCAAGAAAAUGAAGAAUCGUUAAAGAUCCUUGGCAAAAAUUGCAAAAUUAUCGAGUGAAGAAAAUUCAAAUUCCAAGAAAAACACACACUAAAAUUAAACGGAUUCUAGGAACGAAUUUGAAAUCACGUAUAUCUACAUGAACUGGUUUUAGCUGGAAUUUACCCAAAAAGAGUGUACUGGAGGUGGCUAAAAGGUCUUUUGGGGGGCUGAAAAAUCCUGAAAAGUGGAUAGAUUUUGAAAAAUAACAAAUAUUUUGGUGGAAAAAACUACUACGACCAAACAUAAACAAUCAUGACUAAUAUCAAUAAAAUAAUCUUCGUUAACACACUGAAGGUGCUGUUAUUGUUCUUGUCAUCGCCAUGCCAUGGUUUCCGCAGGGAAAGUCGUGCCCUCUAUCAUCAUCCUGGCGAGACACAUCCGUUCACCGUCGAGGCGGCCAUUGGAGAUUCGUUCAACAUCACCUGUUACAUGAAUCCCAAGGCAUUUCCGCGGAAAAACUCCACCAGUUUGUAUUUUGUUAAUGGCCGCACAAAUGUCGAACUGCCGCGGGAGAAUAUCAUCAUACAAAAUAUAUCGAGCAUCGUGUAUAUGGUACGCAAUGCCAGCGAACAACAAACCGAAUAUCGUUGUAAAUGUGGUCCCGAUGCCAUUAUGGAGACCAAAGUAUUUGUGGGCACACCGCCCAAGCCGGUGACCAAUUUUAGCUGCAGUAGCUAUGAUUUCGAUCACAUGAUCUGCAAUUUCACCAAGCCACCAAAUCCCAUACUGACAACCUACAAUGUAACCUAUUACCAUGAUAUGCCCAAUUACAUCUUCCAACCGGCCUGUAACUAUGAUGAUCGCAGUUUGGUGAUUUGUAAUAUAUCUCUAAAGGAUCGCAAUCAGGAGUUUUAUCAUUUUAUUAUUGAGUCGAAAAAUGCUUUGGUUCGAGGCAACGAUAAGCCGUUGACACAAUAUUUCGAUAUCAACAAUUUUGAGGUAAUGAUACCCUCCAAGCCGGGCGAAAAUAUUCGCAUUGACAAUAUCUCGGUGGAUGGUAUACGCCUGACAUGGCAAAUGAUCAAAUGGGAGAAAUAUCGCAACAAGGGUUUGCAAUGGGAGGUGUUGAUACAACCGGAAAAUGGUACAGUAAUACGUGGAGAUGCACCAUAUCGCGAUCAUAGCGAAUUGAAAUUACGUUUAACAAAUCUACCGUAUGCCUAUUGGCGUUAUGAUCUGAAAUUGCGGGUACGUGUUAAACAUCCCAAGGCCCAGUGGAGUGAACAAUUGAUUUUGCCAUUCCGUACAGCUGCCAAGAGGCCUCAGAGGCCACCGCGCAUGGAUGCUGGUAGUUUUUAUAUAAAUUCUGCCGAAACAAUGGUCACCGUAUAUUGGGAGGAAUUGCCAGCAUUCGAAUAUAAUGGUGAUAAUUUUUCCUAUGUCAUACGUUCGGUGCGCAGGGAUGGUAAUUUGAUUGAUUUGAAACCCUCUGUACUGGAUCAUAACCUAGCGGUGUUUCCCUGGCGUAAAACAUCCCAUUAUGAAUUUGAAAUCGUUAGCCAUAAUCAUUUGGGCGAAUCAUUGGAGGCCAGUCGUCUGGUUAUAUAUCCAUUCGACAAGGUAACGGCCAAACACUAUACACCCCGUGACAUUAACAAUGUAUAUCAUGCCAAUAAUCGUACCUACACCCUAACCUGGUCGAAACCGGCCAGGAGUGUGGGACUUAAGAGUUACACAGUUUUUUGGUGUUAUCCCAAGCGGGCAUUGCCCAAUGAAUGCAAGGAAUCAAUGCACUUCAAAGAAGUACCUGCUACGCAAUUGAAUUUCACCACCGAAAAACAAAAUCCCCAUGAGGAACACACUCUCAACUUGGCGGUUUCGGCAAAUUAUGACAAUUUCAAUACCGGGCUACACUGGACCGCCUGUACCAUGGAUGUUAACAGUGAUUUGGUUAAGGCCGAUCCAGAAUUAACCUCCCUGAGCAACAGCAUCAAGGUACAGUGGCGUGUGGAAAGGGUGUGUACAUCGAUUUUAUUGGGUUUCAAUUUAACCUAUUGUGAAGUAGCCGAUAAUGUGCCAGCCGAUAAUGCAACAUGUUUGGAUUCGCCACAAACGGUGACUCUGAGGAAAUACGACAAAUCCUAUACGAUUGGCAAUUUGAAUCCAUUCACCAUGUACAAAGUAUCGAUGUAUAUGUUUUCACGUAAUAAAAUUGGCAAACCAAGUGAUCCACAGCUAAUGCGUACCCUGGAGGGGGCACCAUCGCCGCCACGUAACCUCAAAGUGUUCAAUGUGACCAAGGACAGUGCCUGGAUCAAGUGGAUGGAACCAAGUCAAAAAAAUGGCCACAUACGAAAAUAUAUAAUUAUGUUGAAUAACGAUAGGUUUGAGGUGAAUGCCACAACCUUGGAGUUUGCUUUGACAAAUUUGGAAAGUUUCGCCUCGUACAAGGUUUAUGUGUUGGCACAAACUGUGGACAUAUCCGAUACCAGCAAUGAUGUACACUUUACAACGGACAUUGGAGCCCCCUCACCUCCCGGCCAGGCGACCACUUCGAAUAAUGCCAGCAUUAUACAAUGGACAAAACCCCUUAAACCAAACGGCCGCCUGGAAUUCUAUGAAGUGGCUGUUACCGAAAUGCGCAGCAAUGAGGUGGUAAGACAAAAGAAGAGUGUUGUAAUGGGUGGGGAGACGGCAUGUGCUUUUCAUGUUCCCACCUGUAUUGGAGCCGAAUAUCAGACAAUUGUCAAAGUGCGGGCCGUAAAUGCUGAUGAAAUUUCAACAGAUUUGCGGGAGCAAAAAUAUGAUGAGGAACAAGAUUUUUAUGAUGAUGACGAUGAUGAUGUGGAUUUCAAUGAUAAUGAUGAUUUAGCCUGUGUGGCUGGUGACCUAGAAACCGGUGGAAGACCAAAUGCGCUUAGACGCUAUUUCAAUGACAGUUUGUAUAAUCUUUAUAAGUCACCAUGGCAAACCUCGGCCAUAUAUUCCUGUUCUACAAGCCGCCUAAGUAAAAUCACCACCAUUGCAUUGGUGGUGAUUGCAAUGUCUUUGGGUGUCAUGGCUGCCUUGUAUAUGGCCCGUAAGAAGUACAAUAAAAUGGCCAAUAUCAAUUGUACCCUACCGGCUGGCCUGGAAAGUUAUUUUAUCAAGGACAAUAAUGCGGCUGUCUUGCCCGGUGGCGGAGGAGCUCUCGGAGAUUUCGAUAACAAACAAAUGGAAAAAUCCCUUGAUUUGGCCAGCAAGGAAGCUGAAUGGUUGAGCGCGGGACGCAUGCAUGAAUAUAAUUUCCGUAAUGAACAUCAUCAUUUGUUGGCCUCAUUGGGUAAUGAUUCAGGUUACUUGGGUGCCGGUGAGAGAGGUUGUGCUGGCGCCAUGAUAAUGGAUGGUGGUAGUGGAACGGAUAAUUUGGCAGAUAAUUGUGAGGUGGAUGAUACUUUAAAGGUCAGGCAAAUGGAUGAGGGUCAUAUAUCUUCCUCGGUGGAUUCUUUGGUCGAUAGUACGGAGGACUCGGAAUCCAUGGCUCAUUCAGAAAUUGAACACACACCGCUGACCAAUGAUAGUGGUUACAUAAAACAAUCAUUGCUACAGCCAUGGCAAGAUUUCGAGGAGGAAAGCAAAAUGCCAAGCUCCAAUGGUUAUAUAACAGUGCAAAGUUUGCAGGCUCCUCCAACAGCCCUCAGCCAUCCAGCACCAUCAGGCUAUGUUAUGGCCCAAGAUUUGCAUCAAUUUUUUAAUAAUCACCCUCCAGCUUUAACAAAUGAAUCACAAUUUGUUGGUGGGACCGCCGAUGGUUAUACCACUCUAGAUGAUUUGGCAAAAUUACAACAAAUACAAAAUCCAGCCACAAAGGCCGCCAAUAUCGGCGUAGAGAAUCCAGCCAAUACAAAUCAAACCACAAGACCGGAUAGUUCCAAAACAAAUUCCACGAAUUUAAAUGGCCUCAUUUCCGGCUAUGUUACCCAACAGGAUUUGAAUAUAUUUGGCCAGCAGCAGCAACAACAAUAGAGGGAUUUUUUCCACAUCCUAUGAUGUUGCUGUGUGUGUAUGUGAGUGUUUUUUUUUUCGAUUUGAGAAGAACUGAAAUUAAAUAUGUUAGGUGUUUUAAGUGUUUUUACCAAUUAAGUUAACAAAAAAAAAAAAACAAAAACAAGGAUGUUGGAAAGAGAGUAACUAUUGCAACAGAGAGCUGGCUUCCUAAACGAAAAUAUUUUUCCUAAAAAAAGAAAAUAAGAAUUAUAUGCUAUUU